CUACAACUUAUAUCUAUCCAUUAUAUAUUGAACGCUACAGGCCAAAGUUUUCUUGAUUCACAUCAUGCCUGUGUUGUUUGUCAAUAAAGCUCUGCUCUAUUACCAAAAGAAAAAUUUAAAUGACAGGUUGACAAAGUAACAUGUCCCCCCUUCUCUCCCUGAAGAUGAUUUAUUUUGGAGUUUCAUUGUUUGACAAAAAUUAAUGGAACUGGGGGAUGCUAUAUCUAUUUUCCGGGAUUUUUUUUCUUCAAAUUGUUGAAAAAGAGAACUGAGCAAGGUGAAUGCAUAAAUAUAUGUCAAGCUUACCUGAUCUCAUGACACAAAUGCUUUCUUUAUGAUAGAUGACAAGCGCUUGGACAAAUUUGAGCUUUGCAAUCAUACAUAGGGAUAUAGAGAGGGAGUGGGAGAAUCAGGGUGGACUAAUGGGUAUUAUUUUUUAUAAAUGGAGAUUGUUGCUCACCCUCAGAAGAACUAUACGCCUGCAAAAAUUCAGGGGAGGAUGAGGAGAUCAAAAUAAAUUUCAAAUUUAUUAUAGCUUUGGAGCAUCUUGGAGCAAAUGAGCAAUGGAGCUUUUGGAGCACCGCUCACAUGGAGGAUUGCUCACUUGGUUUGCUUCAUAGUUUUUGGUUUUGCUAAUUUCACUAUCGUCAGAAUGCUGAUGAUAAAUGGAUCAGGAGUGAAUGGAGUUGCUGUAUUUCUGAAAAGUUGAGGAAGUUUUUCUCUAUUUAUGUGAUUGAUUUGCUCUUUGCAGUGAAAGCUUUGCUAUAUUCCUGUGGUAGCAGAAAUGAGUGGCCGCUUUUCUCGGACAAUUUAUGUUGGCAACUUGCCAUCAGAUAUAAGAGAAGGGGAAGUUGAAGAUCUAUUUUACAAGUAUGGCCGCAUACUGGAUAUUGAGUUGAAGAUUCCACCUCGUCCUCCUUGUUAUUGUUUCGUGGAGUUUGAGAAUGCUCGGGAUGCAGAAGAUGCAAUCAGGGGUCGUGAUGGAUAUAAUUUUGAUGGCUGUCGUUUGAGGGUUGAGCUUGCCCAUGGUGGUAGAGGGCAAUCUUCAAGUGAUCGUCGUGGUGGCUAUGGUGGUGGGAGUGGGGGUCGGUAUGGCAUCUCACGCCAUUCAGAAUUUCGAGUUAUUGUUCGUGGACUCCCAUCUUCUGCUUCCUGGCAAGAUUUGAAGGAUCAUAUGCGAAAAGCGGGUGAUGUUUGCUUUGCUGAAGUUUCUCGAGACGGUGAUGGGACUUUUGGUAUUGUUGAUUAUACUAAUUAUGAAGACAUGAAGUACUCCAUUCGGAAGCUGGAUGACAGUGAGUUUAAAAAUCCUUGGGCUAGAGCUUAUAUUCGGGUGAAGAGGUAUGAGCGUACUCCAUCAAGGAGCCGUAGUAGAAGCUGCAGCAGAAGCAGGAGUCCAAGAAGGAACCGAAGUAAAUCAUUGGAACGAUCGCCAUCAAGAUCAGUGUCAAAGUCUAGAUCAGCAUCACCUGUUAAAUCACCCAGAGCAAGGUCAAGGUCAGCGUCAGGAUCUCCCAAUGGUAAAUGACUCUUGGUGAGGAAGGAGAUAGAUCUGAAGGUGGCUGAAUAAUUUAAAAUUCCAGUGAAAAUUCUUCAUGGCCUGUAAGAUGGACUUAAGAGGAAACUUGACCAGAUAUUGCAUGGGAUUAUUACAUAAAAAUGUCUUGUUGAAAAACUUAGAACUAGGUAUUGACUAUUUGGCGUGAUCAUUCUAGUGUCAAUUCGUGGAACUACUGCAUCGUUCAUUUAAUUGCCCUUUCCUAUUAAACUUCAGUUUAUCAACUCAGAUUGCCAUCUCUAGAAUCAUUCUAGUGAAUGUUCUGAUUUGAUUUCUUCUAUCAUGGAGUGUUGGAUGACUUUGUCUAUUUGACAUGGUA